AUUAAAAACUAACUCAUUGAAACUUAAUAAAAUUUAAAUCCUUCCAAGCAAUUUCACUUGAGCCUAAUUAACGGUCUUCAACAAAUGCCUUCUUCCCCUAUAUAAGCAACAACCGCGAGCAGACUAUUCCACAUAACCAGCAAGCUCGCAGGAAUCCUCUCUCCACAUCCAUCCCUCGUAAUCUCUCUCUCUCUUUCUCUCCAUCAAUGGCCACAACUAAGACAAUGCUCUCUGCCGCGGCGUCCAUAGCCGCCUCUGCGGUGAUUAUCCGUUCGAUGGUCCAAGAGUUCUUCCCCCGCAAGAUCAGAGACCAGAUCUUCUCCUCUGCACUCAGUUUCUUCACAAGAGUCUCCUCUUCCUCUAAGCUCACCAUCAAUGUCCACGAAUUCCGUGGCAACUUGCCAAAUGAGAUGUACCAGGCUGUUCAGACUUACCUUAGCUCCAAGAUCUCUCCCUACACACGUUGCCUUCAAGUUGCAAAGCAGGAAGACUCGAAGGGCCUGGAGGUCACCAUGGAGGUAGGGGAGACGGUCGUCGACUUGUUCGAAGGGACUGAAUUCAGAUGGAAAUUGAUAUGCAAAGAGAAACAGAAGCUAGUUUUCAAUCAGCGCCGCAAGGACUCCAUGACUUCAAUGUUUGAGACCAAAUUCUUCGUUCUCAGCUUUCACAAGAAGCACAAGGAAAAAGCACUUUAUGUAUACCUGCCUCACAUUCUGCAGCAUUCAAAAAACAUCAAGCAGGAAGAGAAGCGAAUCAGAAUUUAUUCUGGUGAUUAUGCAAAACUGCAACAGGGUUUGAUUCAAGGUAUCUGGAAUGGAGUGAACCUCGACCACCCUUCGACCUUCGACACACUUGCGAUGGAUCCUGAGCUUAAAAGGUCAGUGAAGGAGGAUCUGGAAAGGUUUGUAAGGAGGAAAGCUUACUACAGAAGAGUAGGGAAGGCAUGGAAGAGGGGGUAUCUGUUGUAUGGACCUCCAGGGACUGGAAAGUCCAGCCUCAUAGCAGCAAUUGCUAAUUUCCUGAAGUUUGAUAUCUAUGAUCUUGAGCUAACAGAGAUAAAGUCGAAUUCUUGGUUGAGACAAUUGCUUGUUGGAACAGCGAAUCGAUCGAUAAUUGUGAUCGAGGAUAUCGAUUGCACAAUAGAUUUGCUAGAGAAGAAGGAGGAGGAUGAAACGAAAUCAAGGGGUCGAAAUAAGUACCAUAAUGAAAAGGUUACAUUAUCAGGACUGCUCAACUUCAUUGACGGUCUGUGGUCGGGAUGCAGAGAUGAGAGAAUCAUCAUCUUCACAACCAACUACAAAGAAAUGCUUGAUUUUGCAUUGCUAAGGCCAGGCAGGAUGGAUAUGCACAUCCAUAUGUCAUAUUGCAGCCCUUCUAGCUUCAUGACUCUGCUCUCCAACUACCACAAUGUCGAUAACCAUACUCUCAAACCAGAGGUCGAGAGGCUACUGAGGGAGGUUGCAGCCACGCCAGCUGAGGUUGCCGAAGAGUUGAUGAAGAGUGAUGACAGUGAUGAUGCCAUGCGAUGCCUUAUCAAAUUCUUGGAAGGGAAGAAGGUAGAAGCCAGUGAAGAAAACAAGAAGGACGAAAGCAUGGUAGUGGAGGGUUCACAGAUUGAAGAACUCAAGGAAGGCGAGGUAGAAGCUGAGAAGCAAGAAGGCAUGGUAGUGGAGGGCUCAGAGAUUUAAGAAGUUAGAAGAGUUAAGGGGGCGGAGAAGGCUAGCUUCAGCUCCUAUUUGAUGUGGUGCAUCAUAACCGUUAUCUUCCUAUGGUUCAUUUUACCACUUAGUGCUUAUAGCUUUUCUGUUAGGGAAUAUUAGUAUUCACUCUCUUACUUACCAUGUACAGUUCUAUAGUACAGGAUUUGCUUUUUUACUUGGCUUGGCCAUUUUAAGCAAGAGAGAAUGAACUCUCUUGAUAGUCUAUCUUCUUCCAGGGAAGAAGAACAGUAUUUCCUUAGUUUUUACAUACCAAAGUUAUCACAGUUAUUCCUGUGUA